AUACGCUUAGCGCGCAUACCUACAGCAAAGGGCGCGCGCGCGUAUCGAAUGCUCGAGAUAAGCAAGUCAAACGGCAAAUAAUGUUAUCACCCUCCCGGGAAAGCUUGGUGCUCCGUAUCGAUGGAAGCGUUCCCGCGGUCCGUCUGCCAAUUAUCGAUCCAGUGUGAGCUGGGCAAACGUUCCGAGUGCACCAGGUGAUGCGAACGAAGGCAACCCAGGAUUAACACUCGGGCUCACAACUAAACCAUUACAGCAGUGCGUGAGUGAGCGGCGUUUGCGAAACGUGGGGGGAAAACAUGGGGCAACGCGUUUCCCGGACGGAUUUCGAGUGGGUGUACGAUGACCAACCGCACACCUGGCGCAGGCAGGAAAUGGUCAAAAAGUAUCCGCAGAUCAAAAAGCUGUUCGGACCGGAUCCACGGUUUAAGUACAUCGUGUCCGCCAUGGUGCUUACGCAAAUAGUGAUGCUGUACGUGAUGCAGAACCAAUCGUGGGGCAUGAUCGUGCUGGUAGCUUACUGCUUCGGUGGCGUUAUCAACCAUUCGCUAAUGCUGGCCAACCACGAGAUAUCGCACAAUAUGGCGUUCGGGUAUGCACGUCCGCUCGCCAACCGGUACUUCGGCAUGUGGUGCAAUCUGCCGAUCGGGGUGCCGAUGUCGGUAUCGUUUAAAAAGUACCACAACCUUCACCACCGCCACCUGGCGGACGACGAUCUAGACCCGGAUGUGCCGACGCUGCUCGAGGCAAAGCUUUUCUGCACAACGUUCGGCAAAUUUAUCUGGGUGUGUCUGCAGCCGUUCUUCUACGGGCUUCGGCCACUGUUUGUGAAUCCGUUGCCCGUGACGCGUCUGGAAAUGAUAAACACUGCCGUGCAGCUAACGUUCAACGCGCUGGUAGUGCUCGUAUUCGGAUGGCGCAUGAUGGCUUACCUGCUGAUCGGUUCGGUACUGGCGAUGGGUCUGCAUCCGGUGGCCGGGCACUUUAUUGCGGAGCACUACAUGUUUGCGAAGGGGUUUGAAACGUACUCGUACUAUGGGCCGCUCAACUGGAUCACGUUUAACGUUGGCUACCACAACGAGCAUCACGACUUCCCGGCCAUCCCGGGCAGCCGUUUGCCGGAGCUGAAGAAGAUCGCACCCGAGUACUAUGAAACGAUGCCGCAGCACACCUCCUGGGUGCGUGUGCUGUACGAUUUUAUCACCGAUCCGGCCGUGGGACCGUACGCAAGAAUCAAGCGCAAAAGUCUUGACAGGCCGAAGGCAGGAGCAGCAGGCGCACCGGCUAAAUCGAUUGGCCUGAUCAAUGAUUCAUGGCAGUCUGAAGUAGAGCAGAAAAAAAGAUAAGCCACCCUUUCCGAUGUACGUAAUUCGGAAAAGCAAGUUUUGUAAUAAAAAUUUGACAUACAAAAAAAAAAAGAUAAACAGCUCGACCGGUGAUAGAUAAUGAAUGGUGAUAGCAGCAAGGUAGACGCAAUCGUGACGGUGUGUGAUACGAACCUGUAUACAAGACCUCGUAUAUGAAUGCUAAUGAAAACUAGGUACGUGAUCGAUGGUGGUAAGGUCGUGCAAAACGUA